AUGCCUGAUUCCCCACCGGCCACUUUGGCUUCGCUGCCCCCCGAAAUCAUCAAGCAGAUAUUCUCUUUCAUGCCUAGGCCUGCUUUGCCUCAUCUGAGAUUGCUUGAUCACCGACUCGGCUUCAUCGCGACGGCCCUCGCUUUUCGAACCGUGCUCGUCCGAGCUUUCGGCGAUAGCCCUCAACAUUUCAUCCAUAUCGCCCAGUCGGACAAGCUGUGCGGCCUUGUGCGAGAAAUGACCUGCGACACCUGGUUUGGCCCCGACCAUGAGGACCGUAGACCAGGCCGCGAUGAGGUUCCUCGGGGGUUCAUGGCCACGUUACCAUCCCUGCGCUUCUUUCACGGCUUGAAGACGCUCCACUUGAGGUCCAGCCAGCAUUGCGGCCGCGAGGGGAGGAGAACCCGGGUUCCCAUCGAGACGGACGACUUUCGAUAUAGGGUCCUAGAUGUAGUCUUUAACUGCCUGGCCGGGACGUGGUCUGCUGGAAGACAGCAACAGAUCGAUCAAUCUCUGGGCCUGCAAACUCGCCAUGGCAUUCCCUUGUCUGAGAAUGCAACAGCUCCCAUCUCCCUUUCGGCCCUGACGAUUUCUAACCUCGGCGACAAUAAUGAUACCCGGCUCAGUGGAUCAGAUGCCUUCAAGGAAGUUCUCGCCUCUAGUAACCUCGUUGACCUGAAAAUAUACAUCACUACGCAGCUCAGCACCUACGGGGGAAGCCGCAGUAUCUGCUAUCGUGAUAAACACGCCAUGUUUGAGAGCUUGCCUUCCACCUGGCUAUCACAGCCCGUGGCUUCGAACCUGAAAGUCCUGUCAUUAUAUUGCUACGAGUAUUGGGGGUGGAAUCCGAAGCUCGAUCUCCGUACCGUGGGCGCUGGCGGUGGAAUGCCUAAUCUAAAAGUCCUUGCCUUGGGCAAAUACGUCUUUAGCCACGAGUGGCAGGCGGAUUGGUUUCCAUCUUUAGGCCUGGAAGAGCUCUACCUUGAUGAUUGCCGCAUUGUUUACCAAUCCAGGACCGACUGGACGCCAGAUGACCGCACCAAUGUGGUUGGCCAGGAUGCCAACGGCCAUGACGUUGUCAUAUCUAGCAAAGGCUACCUGAGGUAUGACGAUGUGUGGGACUUAGAUACGGAUCCAGAUGCUGCUUUGGACUCGAAUUAUACUGGAGAAGAAAUUACUGCCGACAAUAUCCGUCGUCGGUUUAAACUGAUUCGCUUCAACAUCCGGUGGCACACGCUCUUCUCUCGGUGGCGCGAUUCCAUGUCGACCUUGAAAGUCUUCAAGAUGGGUUACGGCGCAUGGGACGAAGAGCUACAAAAGUUUCCCCGGAAUAUGCAGCCCAGCCGCCUCAACAGCCUGGUGCUAGAUAGAACCGCUACUAUUAGAGCUCACUCGUUGAAGUAUAAUGCUUUCCGGGAUUUCGAUUCCCCGUCGCUUGACGUGGGAGGCACCAAGGCUCGGAUGAAGUAUAUUUACGAUGAUACGUAUCAGUGGUAUGAGUGGAGGGACUGGGUGGAUGGAUGGGGUUCAAGUGACAGCUCGCAAUGGGUGCUUGAGGAUGAUGUUGAAGCCAAGGAUGAAGCUGCCCUGGAGCUUUUUCUGUCGACGGUGAACGCGCGCCGGAAGUGA